CAUUCAACAAGCAUGUCUGAAGUAACUAAUACCACCCGAGCCCCCUUCUACUUCAUCCUCACGGGCAUCUCUGGAUCUGAGGCCUCUCACAUCUGGAUCUCCAUCCCAUUCUGCUGCCUCUAUACCAUCUCCAUUGUGGGUAACAUGACCAUUCUCGCUGUCAUCCACACAGAGCCAUCCCUCCACCAGCCCAUGUACCUAUUUCUCUCCAUUCUGGCCCAUGACCUGGGCCUCACCCUCACCACCCUGCCCACAGUCAUGCAGCUCCUCUGGUUCAACAUUCGUAAGAUCAGCUUUGAAGCUUGCUUUGCCCAGUUCUUCUUCCUCCAUGGAUUCUCCUUCACGGAAUCUUCAGUCCUGUUGGCCAUGUCCUUUGACCGCUAUGUGGCCAUCUGCCGCCCCCACCAUUAUGCCACCAUCUUCACCAGUAAAGUCAUUGGCAGGAUCGGGUUAGCCAUCAUUUGCCGCUGUGUUCUGGCUGUUCUCCCUUCCCUUUUCCUACUCAAGGGCCUGCCCUUUUGCUGCUCCCACCUUCUUUCUCACUCCUACUGCCUCCACCUGGAUAUGAUCCACCUGGUCUGUGCUGACAUCCGGGUCAACAGCUGGUAUGGAUUUGCUCUGGUUUUGCUCAUUAUUGUGAUGGACCCUCUGCUCAUUGUGCUCUCCUACACAUUCAUCCUGAAAAGUAUCUUGGGCACAGUUUCCUGGACUGAGCGGUUCCCAGCCCUCAAUAACUAUCUAUCCCACAUUCUGGCUGUUCUGGUCCUUUAUGUUCCCAUGGUUGGAAUUCCUAUGACUCAUCGAUUUGCCAAGCAUGCCUCUCCACUGGUCCACGUUAUCAUGGCCAAUAUCUACCUGUUGGCACCUCCUGUGAUGAACCCCAUCAUUUACAGUGUAAAGACUAAGCAGGGCGCCUGGAGCCUAGAAGUUAGCAUGUUUCUCCAGAAAACCGUGGAUCAGGUGGUGUAG